CGUAAUUACGUGGAUUUGGUGCGAAUAGACACAGCGAACAAUCAACGCCACAAAAAAAAUGGAAGUCCAAAAAUACUCGGUGAGUACUUUAGUGUUCCGCUCGUUGAAGCGUACGCACGACAUGUUCCUGGCCAACCAGUGCAUGCUGCCCCCGGUCGACCCGUCGAUCGAGAAGCUCAAAAGUAGCAUCAAGGCAAAGGACACCUUCAGCACUGUCCUCAAGGAAGUUGACUUCAACAACGAGAUGAAGAAGCGAAAGGGUGCCAGCACUUUGCACUCCGGCUCUGGUGACUCCGAGUUGGCCAACGGCACCGACUCCGCCAUCACCAGCAGCAGCAACCACAGCUUGGCACUCGUGACCACGUCCAAUACCUCCUCCCAGGUCAUCUCGAGCGAGAGCAACGUCGUAGCGAAUGUCAAUCCCAUUAAGAAAAAUAUAACCAUGGCCAAGCCGAAGUGGCAUGCGCCCUGGAAGCUCUACAGGGUUAUCAGCGGGCAUCUUGGUUGGGUGAGAUGUUGCGCGAUCGAGCCUAGCAACGAGUGGUUUGCCACUGGUUCUGCGGACAGGGUUAUCAAGAUCUGGGAUCUGGCGUCGGGACAUCUUAAGAUCUCGCUGACAGGUCACAUCAGUAGCGUCAGAGGGCUGGCUUUUUCGCAGAGGCAUCCUUACUUGUUUUCCUGUGGUGAGGAUAGACAGGUCAAGUGCUGGGAUUUGGAGUACAAUAAGGUUAUCAGGCAUUAUCACGGACAUCUGUCUGCUGUAUAUUCCAUGGCUCUGCAUCCAACGAUAGACGUCCUGGUUACAGCUGGUCGAGAUUGCACAGCUAGAGUUUGGGAUAUGAGGACGAAGGCUAAUGUGCACACCCUGACUGGUCACACGAACACUGUGGCCAGUGUUAUUUGCCAAGUUUACGAUCCACAAAUCAUCACGGGCAGUCACGACACUACCAUCAGGCUAUGGGAUUUGGCGGCUGGAAAGUCUAGAGUCACUCUUACCAAUCACAAAAAGAGCGUCAGAGCCCUCACUUUUCAUCCAACUCUGAAUAUGUUUGUGUCUGCUUCACCAGACAAUAUCAAACAGUGGAAAUCUGAAGAUGGAAAGUUCAUCCAAAAUCUCUCUGGGCACAAUGCCAUUAUCAAUUGUUUGGCUGCAAAUGAAGAUGGAGUUCUGGUAUCAGGAGCAGACAACGGUACUAUGCAUCUUUGGGACUGGAGAACUGGAUACAACUUCCAACGCCUGCAAGCACCAGUCCAACCUGGAUCAAUGGAUUCAGAGGCUGGUAUAUUUAGCAUAACUUUUGAUAUAUCUGGCACAAGGAUGAUUACAACAGAAGCAGACAAAACUAUAAAAGUUUAUAAGGAGGAUGAAAAUGCUUCUGAAGAAACACAUCCCAUCAAUUGGAAGCCUGACAUAGUCAAAAGGAGGAAAUAUUAGGUUGCAUUUUGGUGUACGUUUAUAUGUAAGAUUAAUGGAUGGACCCCAGAGACUCUUUUUAAUAUUGUAAUUCACUUGCUCUAUGAAUUAUUUUUUUUCAUUUCUACUAAGAUCUGGAAGUCGAAAUCACUUCAAUGAAAAACAUAUAGGAAACUAUGUUAUGUACUUUAAGC